AUGAUUGAUAAGUGUAAACUAUGUGCACAAUGUCCCUCAAAAUAUCUUUUAAUAGGAUAUUUAAAAAUAAAUAAUGCAUCAAAAGAGAUCACAUUAAAACACCAUCAACGUAAAGCACAUGACAAUGCACAUUGGAACAAAAAAAAAAUUUGCGAUUUUACAGUCAAAACUAUUCUGAGAAAUGAAGAAAACGAUCACAGAAGAAUGAGAAAGUAUGAAAAAAAGAAAGAAAAAUAUAUUUUCAUGAUAACAUCUAAAGAAGAAUCAUGGAGAAUAGGUUUUUAA